CAGGGGGCUGAAAAGGUGUCCCGAGAGACUUGUCAAUCGACGCGAGAACUGCCACGCCAGCACUUUUCCGACCUCGUUCACUGCAUUCAGAACCAACGACUCCCCCGACGAGCAAUCCACUCCUUUUUGCCGUGCGACCGACCCACAGGUCCAAUCCGUCUCCCAAAAACAGAAAUCGAGAUCGCGAAAGCAGCUCAGCUCAGCCCUUUUCCAACAUGACGCGCGCGCAGCAGACCAUCUCCAUCGCCCUCCUCGCGAGCUCUCUGUAUCUCGCGCUCUUCCUCCAGCUCAUCCCUCUCCCCGAGGUGGUCCAGACCCAGAUCGUCCCUGUGCUCCCCUUCUGGUUCAUUGUCGCCUUUGGCGCUAUGCUGCUCGCCCGCCUCGGCUGGGGUGUCCUCACCUUCAACGACACGCCCGAGGCCUACAAGGAGCUGAUGGUCGAGAUCGAGGAGGCCAAGGUGGACCUGCGGAGGCGGGGAGUCGACGUCGACUAAAUCGUGAUGGCAUAUGGCAUAGGGUGCCGCGGUGGGGAGAUGUUUAGACCUGGGCAGGCAACUCUGGACAUUGACUGGGGAACUCAUCAUCACUCUCGAACUUGAUCUCGGCUCUACAGGCCUGGUAUCUCAGUAAACCGAGUUUCCAGCACUGCGGCUACAGCAGGGCCUUGGCGCAAUCCCAGAGUUAUACAAUACAUGUCACUUCUGACCUCGCUAAAUCCAUGUGAUGCAUCCAUUGCUGCCCAGAAAUGGCAUCACACUACCAAUCCGACAGCGUUUCCACAAAUGGGUGUAUAUUAAACCGAUGAAAAGACAACUCUUGCCAACAUUGGG